UUCCCAUUUCGCUGCCUUCAUCUCCCCACUCGACCCUGCUUGCUCCCAGCCCCAGCAGACAUCUCCUUCUUUUGCUCGUUCCCUGAAUAGCCUGUCCCUCCCCUGAUUCCCCGGGCUCCUCUAGGGGCCCCAGUCACUUUCCAGGGCUGACGCCCGGCUCCUCUCACACCAAUGAGGCCGCAGCAUAGAUUGGUCCCGUCCCACCCCCAGGAAGGUGUGUCCCGGGUUGCCUCACCUGAAACUUCCUAGGAGAAUGAGAUCCCUCCCGCUUUGGGAGGGGAGGGGCAGGCUAGGCGGGUGGGGCGGCUGGGGCCUGAGUCGGGGACUGCCGGCAGGAGCUGGGACCCCAGUGGCGAUCUUUCUACUCAGACAGCCCGGACCAUGUGACACUGACCAGGAAUCAGCCCUGAUGGAGGCUGAAGGGCCUCCUCGUAGAGCUUUGACUCCAGCAACAGCUCUGGAGGGACUCCACAUCAUUCCAACAUCCCUCAUGAAGGAUACCUCUACCCCUGGCUCGGAGCCUGAAGCAGCAGAGACAGAGGACCCUGCCUGGGAGUGGGCAGAGGGUAAUGAUGUCUUUGCGGCUCAAUGGAAAGAUCUGAGUACGCCGGGCACAACUGAAGAGCCACCACCCACUCUUUCCCAGGAAGAUCCUCUACCUUUGGAGCCUGACUACGGAGAUGUCAUGAUUGCAGAGUCAACAGUUCAGAGAUCUUCAGGGCUAGCAUCCCAGGGCCUCCAAGAGGGACAUGCACCUUUCAUUCCCACAGACAGCUCUGUCUACCCCACCGUACUUGCUAGCCUGGAUGUUGGCUCCAUCCCCAAUGAAAUAAGUAGCAAUAUUGGGAUAGAAUCUUGGCCAGAGCUCCUUAACCCUGUGAAGGAAACAGUGAGCUCAGAAGCCAGUGAGACAGUGGAGAAAGGAGUACUCUGUCAUGAGGGAAAAAGAGCUGCCCAUCAAGAGGGGGAGUUCCAGGCUCAAGAGAGGCAGGAAAAUGGAGGGCAAGAAGGUCUGUUGUAUCAAAGACAAGAGGAGGCCAGGGACCUAGGGAGAUGGAAGAAGCAGGAACAGAGGGAAGUAGAAGAUGAAGGGAAGCUUGAGUGGAUUGAUGGACUCUCAGGAAAGCAGGAACUGGAGGUGGUAACAUGUGUUCAAGGACAAAUGGGAGAACCAAAGCAAGAAGAUAAAGAAGGACAGUUCGAUUUGGUUUUGGGAAAACAAAAAGGAGAGACAUUUAAUAGGGAGGUAGAAGAUCAGAACCACAGGGAAGGAUACCUAGGAGAAAAAGAUGUGGAGAAGCAGGGUCAUGGGAAAGUAGAAAAGGAGAAAAAUCAAGGAAAUGGGCUGGUAGAGGAGCAGGAAAAGGUAGAUCAUUAUGAGAAGGACCCAGAGCUAGAUGGGAAACAAGGGAAGAUAGUGGAUGAGAGGGAGGAAAAACAGGGACCAGUAGAAGAACAGUGGAAGCCAGAGGAAGAAGGUGAGGAAGAACAGGAGAAUGUGGCUGAAGGAACAUUGGAAGUAGAGGGAAUGGUACAGAGGAAUGAGGAUGAGGAGAUUCAGAAGCAUUAUGGUCCCUUCCCUUUGACCCAAGUUGCUCCAGGUGCCAAUAUUUCAUGGGGCUCUUUCCCAGGAGACCCUGUUUCCACUUUCACAAGAUCUGAGUCUCAGGAAGGGAUGAACACUGAGUCUUCUAGAGUUCAGCUCUCCAUACACUCUUCCUGCCCAGACUCUGCUCUGAGGCCUGGACAGAGAUCAUCAGGAUCUCUCCAGUCCAUCUCUCCUUACAGUCUCUCUGGAAAGGAUUCUGAGAAAGAAGCAGAGCAAAAUGGCUGGGAGGAAGAAUGUGGUAGAGGGGACAGUACAAUGCCCAGCUUGGGGAGUAAGCCAACACCUCCAAGACCAAUUGCCAUAGCUCCUAGAACAGAGACCUCAACUCCUUUCACUUAUACUAAGGCGGAUCCCAACAUAGCCACCUCAUCAUCUUCCUGCCCCACUACUUUCUUUCCUUUUGGAGGCUCUUCACCCUCAUCUCAUCUGCCAGAAUUCUCUAGAUCAUUUUCUUUUGAUAAAGGAUUCUCUUUUGACCCUGUGGGCCCUGAUGCUGCCUUGAACAUUCUCCACACACCCUCUCCUGGAGAGAUUCCCUUGGUACCGUGUGCCAACUCUGACUGGGGCAGCACCCUAAAUCUCCCAGACUCCUCUGAAGAAACUAUUCAGUACCAUGGGAGUAACUCUGCUCCAAGCUCCUAUGGGGGAGGGCAGCUUCAGUAUCUGGCCCAGACUCCAGCCUCCUUCCAUCACUCUGAGUUGGCUCAGAGUCUUCCUGAGUCUGUCAUCCACACUGUUGAGAUCUCAGGAAGGGAGGAGCAGGCUAGGCAGGAGCACUCACCUCACCCUUCUUCCUUGAGCCAACUUCAGGGAUUUACCCCAAAUUUCGAUAGGCCUGAUACUACCCAUAGCCAAACUUUGCAUCCACCAAAGACAGAAGCCUCCAUCUCAGGUGAACUUAUCCAUGACUCCCCUCCCUCUUCAUCCAUGGUGGAAAUGGGAUUACAUGAACUGCUGCCCCCUCUCCCAAUACGGGAGCGGCACAGUCAUCCUCCCCUGGUGGGGCAACAUAGCAGUCAUUUUGCCAAGCCCCCUACCCCAAAACGGUAUAGCCACCCUCCUACUUUGGCCUUAGCUUCAGUACUACCUGGCUCCCCUGAAGGACCUUCUCUCCCUAUUAAGGCAAGACAUAACCGACCUCUGCCAUCUACUCCAGUCACAGACACUUCCCACCAUACUCAGACUUCUAGGCUGAGGUACAAUAAGCCGCUACCCCCCACCCCAGUCAUGCCUCAGCCUUCCCAUCCUCCCACAUCUACCACUCUAAGUAAGAAAUACAAACCUCUUCCUCCUCUUCCCAUUUCGGAUCCUGACACCAAGCCACCUCCACUACCCCCAAAGGCUAAGUGGAGAAGCAACAGUACUCAUGGGAUAAUUGUGGAUACAGGAGAUCAAUUGAGGUCAAAACCUGGCUCCUUCAAGGUACCUGGAGGAAACCGGGAAGUCCCUUCUCCUCUCUCUCCUGGACGUAGCUCCUGGCCUCCAGCUGUGGACAGGCCAACAGACUCCUUGACCUCUCCUGGCAGGAAUAAAAGCGAAAUGCAUUCUCUGGCUUUCAGUAACAUGACCAACUUCCUCCUACUGAGUCCUUCUUCCCCAAUCUCUUCCAUGACCCAGGACCCACAACAUUCCAUCCUAGGAGGAAUCCAGGAUGAACAUGGGCACCCAGAAGGAACUGAAACCCUCACCAAGAGGACUUUGAGCAGAGGAGCUCUUCAAGGGGAUGGCAAUGGGCCCCGCAGAUCCGAUCGAGGUCUGGUUCGGAAGUCAGGGAAACCCAGCCAUCCACCUUUGGAGAAAGCAUCCAGCUGGCCACAUAGGAAAGAUCCUGGAAAAUUCUUGGAAGUGAGUGGUGGGCAUUCAGAGAGUCCAACUGAGGGACAGAACAAGACCAAGGGAUGGAACCGGCAAGGCCUGCGUAGACCCUCUGUCUUCCCAGGUGAUUCCCUAGAAAGGGAAGGCCCCCCCAUGGAGAGACCUCUUUAUCCCUCAGAAACAGUUGUUCUUCGAGAGAAGAAGUCAAGGGAAGUGAUGGGUUCUGUUGCCAGACGCUGCUCCAAGUUCAUCAAUUCCUCCCACCUGCUUUACCAGGAGUAUAGUGAUGUGGCCCUAAACAAGGAGAUACAAAGCCAGCAGAGGCUGGAUAGCCUGACUGAGGGGUCCAGCCCAGCUUCACCCCGACAGCCCCGAAAGUCUCCAGUUAUCACAGAGUCUUACCUUCGGCGCCUCUCCAUUGCCUCUAGUGCCUCUUUAUGGCAGGACAUCCCCCGAGUACGCAAUAGCACCAUGCUGCUCUCCAUGACUCAUGAGAACCAAAAACUACAGGAGGCCAAGUUUGAACUCAUCAUGUCAGAAGCUUCCUACCUGCGAAGUCUUCAUGUGGCUGUAGACCAUUUCCAGCUCUCAGCACAGCUUCGGGCUACGUUGUCCAACCAGGAACACCAGUGGCUCUUCUCUCGUCUACAAGAUGUGCGGGAUGUCAGCACAGCGUUUCUCUCGGACCUGGAAGAGAACUUCGAGCAUGACAUCUUUACCUUCCAUGUUUGUGAUGUGGUCCUGACCCAUGCAACUGCCUUCCGGCGUGUUUAUCUACCUUACGUCACCAACCAGACUUACCAGGAGCGCACUUUCCAAAGCCUACUGAGCAGCAACAGCAAUUUCCGGGAGGUCCUAGAAAAGCUAGAGAGUGACCCUAUCUGCCAACGCCUUUCCCUCAAGUCCUUUCUGAUACUGCCCUUCCAGCGUAUCACUCGCCUCAAACUGCUGCUCCAGAAUAUUCUUAAGAGGACACAGCCUGGCUCCCCAGAAGAAGCAGAGGCCACAGAAGCACACCAUGCCUUGGAAGAGCUCAUCCGAGACUGCAAUAACAAUGUGCAGAGAAUGAAACGGACAGAAGAACUGAUCUACCUAAGUCAGAAGAUUGAGUUCGAGUGCAAAAUAUUUCCACUGAUCUCACAGUCGCGAUGGUUGGUGAAGAGUGGGGAGCUAACAGCACUUGAGUCCAGUGUGUCACCUGGGCUACGAAGGAAACUGGCCACUCGACCUGUACACUUGCACCUCUUCAAUGACUGCCUGUUGUUAUCCCGGCCUCGAGAGGGCAACCGCUUCCUGGUAUUUGACCAUGCUCCUUUUUCAUCCGUACGGGGGGAGAAGUGUGAAAUGAAGCUUCAUGGACCACACAAGAACCUCUUCCGCCUCUUUCUCCUUCACAACACACAGGGCACCCGGGCCGAGUUCCUCUUUCGAACAGAGACUCAGAGUGAAAAGCUUCGCUGGAUCUCAGCUUUAGCACUUCCAAGAGAGGAGUUGGACCUCUUGGAAUGUCACGACUCCCCACAGGUUCAGUGUCUCCGUUCUUAUAAACCUCGAGAGAAUGAUGAGUUGGCACUGGAGAAAGCAGAUGUGGUGAUGGUGACUCAGCAAAGCAGCGAUGGUUGGCUAGAGGGUAUGAGGUUGUCAGAUGGGGAGAGGGGCUGGUUCCCUCUGUCACACGUGGAGUUCAUCACCAACCCUGAUGUUCGAAAGCGGAACCUGUCAGAGGCACAUAGAGUCAAGACUGCCAAAUUACAGCUGGUCGGACGCCAAAGAUAACUGCUACUCAAGGGCAUCCUCUGGGGCCCAUGGACAUGAUCACUUCUACAGGAGGGAGAAGUCACCUGCCUCUCUGUAACAGAAUGCCUCUGAAAGUCUGGAAACAAAAAUCAGCAAGACGGGACAUAAGCUUCAGACCUUCCACUCAUUGUCCAGUGAUGCAUGUGUGAAUGUGCAUGUGCACGCACACACAAUAAGGAUAUAAGGCAAAGGGAUUUCGGUGGGGCCAAGACUCUAGGAGCCAUUUUUUUAACAAACUAUACACACACACACACACACACACACACACACACAUAUAACACAUAUAUAAAAACUAUA